CCGAGAGGUUUGAUAGUAAAGCCUAUCUUGGGAAAAUACAAUUGCAUGGUCAUCAAUCUCAUCCUAGUCCCUUCCUCUAUUAUUCUUGCCGUGAUGGGGAAACGUCUUGAUGGCCUAGAAGAUUGGUUAGAAGAAACUGCAUGAUUUGGCUCACUCUAGCUGGUUCUCUUGCCAGUCGACCCUGGGGUUUCCUGUCCUUCGAACCUUUCUAGACUCUGCCACAUGUGCCAGCUUCUUCUUGUCCAAUGGUGACUGAGUGCCAUUGAAUCGAAAUCCUUCCUUCGGGAUAGUUUGGGAACGAUCAGUCAUCGAUUUUUAUUCCAUUAAGCUUUAUCUAUUUUGGUUUGAUCUUCUAUUCCUUCGUCAUGGCCACUCCCGUUACUUAUCUCGAAGAAGCCGACGUUUGGAGCGCCUUUUCAAGACAGUCUCAACCCAGGCGCGUCGAAUCCACGCAAAGGCUGAAUGCCACAAGACGUCCUCUAGUUGGGCUUCUGUCGCAGACCGUGGUGUCCAGUCCAACGGUUCAAUUUGUUUUACCCGCGCGCCUCAGAAGUAAGGAUCAUAACGAUGUUGUCUUUGUGGGUGAGCGACGCCUACAGGUCAAGGAAGUUGUUCCUGGCUUUCGCUUGGAAGAUGUCGCUGUCAAAUCCGACUUUGAUGCGAAUAUAAUGGCCGCGAAGGCCGUCAAUGUAUGCACCAGAUUAGCCUGGGAGACGCAGAUGAGACUUGGAGGAGGAAACUCCACUGCAACAGCCGAUACCACGAUUCACGAGACAUUAAUACCUCCUCAGAUCAUGAUGCUCACUCUUUCAUCAAGGGAAUUGGUGUUCCUCUACCAUGCAGUCACAGACCACGGUAGCUUUGUUCAGUCCCGUAGACCGUUGCCGUCGCAUAUCAAGUCUUCCGAGAGCUUCGGCCGACAUAUCGCAGUUGAUCCAAGGUCGCGCGCUGUAGCAGUUGCAGCGUUCAGUGAUUACUUCGGGAUCUUCAUGUUAAAACCAUUGCCAGUUCUCCAGUCGCAAAUGGCCAAAAAGCAACUGGACCCAAUAUCAGAGGAGCGUUUCUGUCGUGUUGAUGGGGACAUUUUAUUCAUGGAGUUCCUCUAUCCGAAACAUGAAGAUGGUGACAAAUUGGUCCUUCUUCUUUUAGUCUCCAAAGAGCAGAAUACCUAUGCCGUGUGCUACGAAUGGGACGCGAAUCAGAAGCUAAGGGAAGUGACUCCAAGAUUGACUAGGAGACAGCUGCCUUUGGAAUACAGGUUACCAUCCAUACUGGUCCCAUUAACUAAGGCAUCAUCCUUCCUUGUUGUUUCGACUACCUCGAUGGCUAUAUACGACAUGGUGGGCCACACGAAGCAACCUAGCAGAUAUCCGAUCCCUGUCCAAGAUUAUGAAGCUCAGCGUACGCCCCUGUGGGCUCGGUGGGCAAGGCCGACGCGCGACUGGCUGUAUAAGCAAGCCCAUGACGACAUUUAUUUAUGCAGGGAGGACGGCAGAGUCUUCUACUUGGCGAUCGGGAGCGAAGGAGAGAUUGAGCAUCGAAGUUAUCUGGGGGCUCUUGGCUGUGAUGUCGACUCUGCGUUCGAUAUCAUUGACGUCGGCCAUGAGGGUGGUGACCUUAUUUUGGCAGCUGGAAACAUGGGGGACGGUGGGCUAUUCGUCCAGAAUGCUAGAGACUGCCCCAGAUGUGUCCAGAGGUUCCUAAAUUGGGGUCCGAUUACAGAUGCAGUGGCUGUUACGCCUACAUCUCGAAGUUCCUUGAUCUCAGAUACCGAUGGUGACCGCUUGUUUGCCUGCUCUGCAUCUACCGUUGGACACGGAUCUGUGGUUGAAUUCCGACAUGGAAUCGAGGCCCAAAUUGGUCUGCUUAUCGCACAGGAUGAGUUAUCCAGCACACGAGACAUAUGGGCGAUGACGGAUAGCAUAAAUGGGGUCUAUAUUUUGACCUCUGAUCCUGUAUCGUCUUUACUCAUUUAUCUCCCUCAUGACUUCGGGGAUGAGAUAUGCGCUGUUAGUGAAACAGAGUCAGGACUUGACUUUGCAACACAGACACUAGCGGUAGGCUGUACCCAGUCUGGCAUCAUUAUCCAAGUGACGAAAAAAGCAAUCCAUCUUGGAGCACCUCAUGACCCAUCAUUGAGGUUUUGCUUUGAUUAUAACGCCAAUGAAGACGUCAUCGGUGCCGCGGUCAAUCAACCUGCAUCUCUCAUAACCACGGCAGUCAGAAGUCAUUCCGAGAUAUAUCUCCGUCUGGCAAAGGUUGAUUCAUAUGACGGACAGGUUCGGCUAUCCGAUGUUGGUGAGCUCCUCAAGAUUGACUAUGAGCCCGUCUGUCUCUCCAUUGAGGAUUUUGGUUUCGCCUCGUUUAUUAUUGUCGGCACGAGCGAUGGGAAGGUAGCGAUAUAUCGCAUUGAAGAAAACGCAUUCACUUUUUUGUCGGACUAUGCUGUCGACGUUGGAGAUUCGGAUGAUAUAUCGAGGGCUGUUGAGACAGUUGCGAGAAUUAGUACAGAAACAGAUGACUCCUUGAGAAGGUCAACUCUCUUUUGCGGCCUACGGAGCGGUAUUUUGGUUCCAUUUGAAAUCGAAUUCGAUGCUGAUAAUUUUGCGAUGGAACUGAAGCAGAGGACACCACGACGGCUUGGACAGACCUCAAUCAGGUUGCUCGGAAGAAAAGAAUUCGCUAUGUUGACUUGUGGCCAAGGCUUUUGGCGCGUGUCCCAUACCCCGGACCGUGAGCUCUCUGAGUAUGAUAUUGAAAAAGUCUGGAUAACAGACCAAAACAAUCCCGCCUACAACCAAAAGAGCAUUGACGUCUUUACACUUCUCAACAUGCCACCGGCUUCGAAUCUAGACGGCAUUUGUGGAUCGCUUUUCUGCGUCACAGAAGGACAGCUUUUGAUCUGCGCUCUAGAUCACAAAGCUAAAACGGUUCCAAGGCGAAUCAGCUUGCCAGGCAGCGCGAGCAAGCUCACAUACUCAAGCCAUCUCCAAAGCCUAAUAGUUGCAUAUAGUACCACUGUGCUUGACACGAGUGUGGAUCCUAUUAGGCGUUACACUCGGUCAUAUAUUGACUUCGUGGACCCCGACUUGCAAUGCCCCGGAAUCGGACCACCUAGCCCUUUCACCGAAGAAGGGGAAGAAUCCAGCCUCUGGAGGCCCCACACGGUAGCGGGCGAGAAGAUAACAUGCAUCUUGGACUGGAUGCCGGAAAGAGGUGAUGAGAAGUACCACUGGGUUGUCAUCGGGACUGCGCGGAAACACCAGCGAGAUAAGGGCCGUGUCAUCUUCCUACGUGCAGCCCGCAAUCCGACGAACCAAUCGCGCAUAGAGUGUAUCACUAAACAUGUCCACCAUUUCGAGGGACCUGUCUAUGCAAUUGCGCCGUAUGGUGGAUUCACCCUGAUGGUUGCUACUGGAUAUGACAUUGUUCCAUUGGUGCCGAAAUUCUCAGAAACAAGAUGGGAACAAGCGCGAUUUAGCCUCCUAUCUCCUGCUGUUUCAAUCACUGCGCACGAGCCGUAUUUGUAUUUGUCCACGGCAAGGGAGUCUCUAGUUGUACUUAAAGUCUCAGACAACAAAUUGGCGCUUCAUGCACAUGACCGCGCUAAACGCGAAGGCCUAUCACAUUUUCAUAUGCACGGGGAGCCCAACCUAACCGUCUCAUCCAGCAGAGGCGGGACGGUAAGCAUACUUACAGAGGUCGGAGUCGCAGGAAAUGACAGGCUGAUGCCGGCAGCCCUCGCCGAAGCUCAUCUCCCACUAUCAGCGACGAAACUGCUGCGCGUGUCGGGCACACUAUACGGGACUACCCUAGAUGGCGCAAUAUACCGUUUCGCGAAGCUGGGGGAGAAAGAAUGGCACCUGCUGCGGUUUUUGCAGAUACUGAGCACGAGGGAUCCUGCUAUCUGUCCAUUUGCUUCCAAGCGAAAAAGACGAUUGAACCCUACGGAUAUCGAAAUGCUGGUACCUGGGAAGAAGCCUUCUCACAUGCAUAUCGACGGCGACAUCCUUGGUCGUUUAGUAAUACGCGGUACAGAUCAUCUCCGGCAGAUGCUGGCCGCAGAUAAUAAUGGCUCACAGGAGACAUUCCAGGAGGUGUCUCCUUCAGAGACCGGAAGAAUUCUAGAGCGAUUCUCAGAACUGUCCGAGGCGCUACUUGGGACGUCGACAGACCCUGUUAGAGAUGUGAUGGGCUGGCUGAGGAAUUUACUGCAUAAGGGGCUCUCAGUUUAG